AUGACGCGUAUUAAAUGUGCAGAUCUUUGUGGUAAAAAGCCAGAUGAAUUACAAAAACAAUUGAAUGAUUUACGUCAGGAGUUGAAUGUAUUACGUGUAGGAAAAGUAACUGGCAGUGGUGGUGCAGCUAAACUAUCAAAAAUACGAAGAUUAAAUAUGGCAUCUCAAGAUUUCAAUGUUGAAGUUAUUAAAGAAGGAUCAGGUGAUAAGUCAAAAAAUGGUCAAAAAGUAUCGGUUCAUUAUACAGGAAGAUUAACAAAUGGUACAAAGUUUGAUUCAUCAUCUGAUCGUGGCAAACCGUCUGAAUUUAAACUCGGAGAAGGAAAAGUAAUCAAAGGUUGGGAUCAAGGUGUUGCUCAAAUGAGUAAAGGUGAACAAGCAAAAAUUACCUGUCCACCCGGGUGUGGUAAGUAG